UUACGGUUGACGCUUCUGAAGCCCUUCCUGAAAAGAAAAAGGCUGCUGAAAAUUCAAACAUUGAGGUUGUAGAAUACGGCGAAAUGCCUCGCGAUGUUCCAUUACAACUCUUGACAACAUAUCCUCAAGGUGCCGGUUUUCCGUUCUUUACAUGGGCUCAGCUCUUUUUCACUAAUGCCAAUCAGGAGAUCGUUGGUUGGUUCAAAGGCACCGGAGAUUUUGGCAAGCCGUCAUUUUACACGCAACAAGAUAUUUCUAAGAUGAUGAAGCCUCUCCCCUAUGUUACACUCAGCAGA